AUGGUAGACAUCACUUCUUUUUUCUCUCCCUCAGGAACGCGUUCCUCACGUUCCAAUGCUUCCAAAGCUAUCUCAGCAAAAAAACCAUCAAGAAGAAGAGCUCGCGUAAUUAACAUUGAUGAAGAUGAAGAUGAAGAUGAAAAAAACGAAAAUGAAGCUGCUGAAGUUGUACAACCCCCAAAAAAAAGAGUCAAGAGAAAUGUCUCAGAAACAAAAGAAAAAUUAACUCCAAUUGAAUCUUUGGAUUAUUUUAAAAUAAAUAGUACUAGAUUGAGAACUAGAGCACAACCUAAACUCAAAAAGAAGGUCAUUGAUACAAUUUCCGAUGAUGAUUUUGAUGAUUUUGAUGAUUUUGAUGAUAAUGAAGAUGAUUUUAACAACGAUGAUGAAGACUUUGUGCAAGUAACCAGCAGAACCAGAAAGCCUGCUCAAAGAAAAACUGAAAGCAAAAAAGAAUCUCUCAAAGCUGAACUUGCAGAGUUGAAUUAUUUAAAGCCAAUUUCAAAACCAAUAGCAGAAACUAAACCAAGGAGCUCUUCAAAAAAAGCUUCUACAACUUCACAAGCAAAAAGUAAAAAAACUGUUAAAAAAGAUGAACAAUCGCUGACAAAUAGUGUAUUAAACUUACUCAAAAAAAUCCCUGAUGCCGAAUUACCUGAUGUAUCUGAUUAUGAUCCAAAGACUUUUAAUUUUUUUGCUGCCAAUGCUGGCAAACAAAAUCAAGAAUCAGAUUUGAGUUUUGAACCACCAAUUGGAAAACCUGAUUGUCUUGCUGGUUUAACAAUUGUUUUUACAGGUGUUUUCCCUCAUUUGAAUAGAUCAGAUGCAGAAAAUUUAGCUAAAAGAUACGGUGCUAAGGUCACUAAAUCAAUAUCGAAAAAGACUUCUCUUGUUGUGCUUGGUUCUGAUGCUGGACCAUCCAAAGUUAAAAAAAUUAUGGAUCUUAACAUAAAAACUACCACGGAAGAUGGGUUUUGUCAAUUAGUUAAUGGCCUGCCUGAAGCUGGUGGUAGUGAUAACGAAUUAGCCAAAAAGGCUAUAGAAAAAAGAAAAUUGGAGGAAGAAAAAAUAAUUGAGGCCGCCAAAAAAGAAGAAGAAGAAGCCAUUCAAAGAGAAAAAGAAUUGAAAAAAAAAAGAGCUAAAAUAAAUGCCGAAAAUAACACUAAUAAUAAUACUAAUAAUCAAAUUAAUGAUAACUACGUCAAGCCCUCAAUGAAACCCGAUGAUGAAAAACUAUGGACAGAUAAAUACGCUCCAACCAAUCUUCAACAGAUAUGUGGUAAUAAAGGUGGAGUUAAUAAGUUAAAUCAGUGGUUGCAAAAUUGGGAUCAAAAUAAACGUAAAGGAUUUAAAUUUUAUGGUGAUCUCUUUCCCGCUGUUCUUAUAUCGGGACCUCCAGGGAUUGGAAAGACAACAGCUGCACAUCUAGUAGCUAAAACAUUAAAUUAUGAUAUUUUGGAAAGAAAUGCAUCUGAUGUGAGAUCUAAAAAACUUUUAAAUGAUGGGAUUAAAAAUAUAUUGAAUAAUAAUUCCUUGAUGGGUUAUUUUGAUUUGCGUGGAAAUCGAGUAAGCGAGAUGGAAAAAAAGAAGUUUUGUUUAAUUAUGGAUGAAGUUGAUGGUAUGUCAAGUGGAGAUAGAGGAGGUGUUGGUGCUUUGAGUAGUUUUUGUCGCAAGACAUCUAUUCCAAUUAUUUUAAUAUGUAAUGAUAAGUCAUCUCCAAAGAUGAGACCAUUUGAUAAAGUUUGUCUUGAUAUCCCAUUCAGAAGACCAUCAGCAAUAGAAAUGAAAUCACGAUUAAUGACAAUUGCUUACAGGGAAAAAUUGAAAUUGGAUCCAAAUUCUAUUGAGCAAUUAGUUGAAUGUACAAGAAAUGAUAUUAGACAGAUAAUCAAUCUUUUGUCAACAAUAUCAAGAACUGAAAAGACGAUUGACAAUUCUAAUAGAGCAAAGAUAUCAGAUGCUUGGAAAAAAAAUGUUGCAUUAAAAUCAUUUGAUAUAGUUGGGAAAUAUCUAAGUGGGUCUAUAUGGUCACCUAAUUCCGAUGUUGAUUUAAAUAAAAAAAUUGAAUAUUAUUUUGAUGAUCAUGAUUUCACACCAUUAAUGGUUCAAGAAAACUAUCUCAACACCAGGCCACAAAACACCCAAUUGAGUCAUUUGGAGUUGGUUUCAAAGGCAGCCGAUUCUAUGUCUGAGGCAGAUAUAAUUGAUUCUAAGAUUCACAGCUCUGAACAGCUAUGGAGUUUGAUGCCAUUGCAUGGGAUUAUGUCAUCAAUCAGACCCAGUUCGAUUAUCAAUGGACAGAUAGCUGGGAGAAUUAAAUUUACUAGCUGGUUGGGUAAUAAUUCAAAGACUAAUAAGUAUUUACGGUUAUUACAAGAAAUCAACUAUCAUUGCAAAUUACGAACACUAACCAAAAAGUUUGAUUUACGAUUGGAUUAUUUUCAAUUGAUGAGUGGAAAAAUGUGCAAACCGCUACUUGAAGAUGGAUCUGGGGGCAUAGAGGAGGUUAUUGAAUUGUUAGACAACUAUUACCUAUCAAAGGAAGACUGGGAGAACAUCUUGGAGUUUUCUAUGGGAAACAACCCAUAUAAAGCAGAGACAGUAGCAAAACAGUUACCAACACAAGUGAAAUCAGGAUUUACUAGGAAGUACAAUCUGGCGAAACACCCAGUGGCAAUCAACAGACCAGGCUUGACCACUGCUGGAAAAGGUGAUAUCUCUUCAGUACAACCAGACUUGGAAGAUGUUGUUGAGGACGACACUGUUGAGGACAAAGCAGACGACGACGACGACAACAAGAAGGAUGAGGACAUUACAAAGGACAAGCUAAUCAAAGCCAAAAAGCCCAAGGCAGUCAAGACAAAGGCAUCAGCAGCCAAACCACGAGCCACCAAGACAACAAAAGGCAGUUCUACGACCAGAAGAGCUCCCAGAAAGAAGAAAUGA